AUGAGGCCCUCGUCCCUCCUCGUCGCGCUCGGCGCGCUCGGUGCCGUCGCUGCACGCAGCAGGUCAGAGUACGACAACCUCCGGAUCGUCGACAACUUCUCCAAGCAGUUCCUCUGGCCCAACAGCAAGAAGCAGGCCGACGCCAUCAACUCGACCCUCUUCUCCGAGGACGUCCACGGCACCGUCGACGCUACGACCAACUUUGACGGCCGCGAGCUCAACACGGAAUACAUGUUUGGCCUCUUCGGUCACCUCGACACGACGGGCCCCUCGUUCCUCGGUAUCCCCAAGAACUACACUGUCACGGCGCUGCUCGUCGAGAACGACAAUGUCGCCGCGUCCGUCGUCUUCGACUUUGAGUACCCCUACAUCAACCGCACCUUCCCUCUCGAGCUCAUCACCUUCUUCACCCUCAACGACCAGCAGCAGAUCACAGAGUACACGACCACCUUCCGCCGCUGGCCGUGGGCGUCCGAGGUCAUCCUCCCCCUCCAGGUACCUGCCAUGGCCGAGUGGAUCGGUCUCGACAAGUGGGACAACGACACGCAGGUCUGGGCCCAGUACUAUGCCAACCAGACGUGUACCGGUGCCCAGAACUACUGCUACGGUGACAACAAGCAGUACGACUCGUUUGACCACUGGAUGAGCCACCUCCUCGACACCAAGGAGAUCGGCGACAUGUGGCACCUCGGCGGCGACAACAUUGCCUGCCGCUUCCUCCACGUUGGCAUGCUCGAGCUCCGCCCCGAGAUCCACUGCGACCACGUCGGACCAUCGGGCGGCGACAUGUGCAUCAAGCGCGACUACUUUGAGGUCGUCACCGCCGACCACUUCCCCCACGGCUUCAUCGGCCCCCUCACCCCCAACGAGGAGAACAAGCCCUACAUUGGCCACAUCAAGAUGACGGGCAGCUCGCACGUCAACUCGGGCAUCGAGAUCCUCAUGGAGCGCGAGAACCAGGCCAGCUGGGACACGACCCUGUAUGCCGCCAACGGUGUUUACCUCUUUGUCGCCAUCAUCAUCGCUGCCAAGCUUCUCGAGGCUAUCCUUACCGCCAGGGACCCUUCCUUGGUCGAGGACUCGGACGAGCUGAGCCUCCGCCAGGAGAAGAGGAAGCACCGCACCGUGCUCGCCAUCCUCACCCUGGUCAUUGGCGCUAUCGCCUUCAUCCUCGAGUUCGCCGCCAUCCCUGCAGUGUUUGGUGACGAGACCCUUGUCGCCGUCCAGCGUGUCCGCUUCGCUGCGCUCCUCAUCACCACCCUUUACCUCUUCGAGCUCUCGUACGGCUUCCGCCUUCGCCCCAUCGAGACCUUCUACAAGCUCGCUACCAUCUUCGUGCUCACCGCGUCUGUCACCGCGUUCCAGUACUCGCUCCGCCCCAUCUACCUCGUCGCGACCCUCUCGCUCCUGUUCGUCGCCACGACCAAGGGCCUCCUCUGCGCGAGCUACCUCGCCGAGUACUACGCCGAGGGCCGUGCCCACGGACUGUACAAGUGGACCUGGAUCCAGAUCGCCGUCUUUGACGUCUUUGGCCUCGGUCUUAUCAUCUACUACGCCAUUGCCGGCCACGCGUUUGUGUACGUCGCGUUCCACUUUGUCUUUGACAUCAUCUUCUGGAUCGGCGUGGCUCUCUUCGUCUACUGCGAGUUCCUCGUCUGGCAGUUUUGUUACGACCGCUGCCAGGAGCUCGCCCGCAAGGGCCAUGUUGCGCUUCCUACCUCUACCUCUGAGGAGGACCUUAAUGCCACUGUGGCCUAG